CUCACUUUGACAAGGUGUGCUGCUGAACAAUCUGUGUCAAGAAAAGAAACACCACAGAGGGAUUUACUUACACCAGAAAACUACACACACCAUAACUAAAGGAAAAUGACACACAGAAAGACUCUGACUGUUUAUCACCUCCUUCUGUGCUGAUCCAGCCGGGAUUUCAUAAAGUCGAUGUCUAACCAAAAGUCAAGAUGGCGAAGAAAAGACACCCGGCUUAUUUAACUUAUUCCCCAUAAGAUAUAUUUGGAGAAUAUCAACUGUCUCUAAGUGUCCUCAGACGAAAUGGUUCUUCAUGGAGGAUCCCUUUGGUGCCUUUUAUUGACUCUACACAUGUCAGCCUGUGAUUUGAAAACUCCUGGAUAUGACAGCCAAGAAGUUGUUUGCUCUCAGGGUCUCUCUAACUGCACCAUGGAGGAUGAGUUGCUUCUUAGUUUAAAAGAAAAUGACUCUGCACAUGUCUUAAACCUGACACCAUAUUUCAAGCUCUGCUGCAAAGACAGAGCACCAUGUAGGUUAUGUCUGGUGAUAGACGCAGAGAUAACCAUCCAUGCGGGAAAGGACCUGGAGGAUGAAGGCCACUUUGGAGCCGAUGAGGAGGAUUAUCGGGGAGAGACAAGGAAUCAAAAAGCGUCAGUGACUGUGUGCUACAACACAGCACAUACCAUGCCCACCUGCAAGAGGGUGGAGUUUACGGUGAAUCAUGCAGCUCUUACGCAGCAAAACCAGGCAAAGGUUUCUAUGGUGAUCCCUGAGCCGGCUUGGGUGUCCUUCAGCAGUCAAGUGUUCAUUUAUUCUGUUAAACCAUCACAAAGAAAAAAUAUUGUUGCUCCCUCAUUAGAUGAAGUUUGCUCCCAGAAGCUGCAUGAACGUGUUGAGGAGUGUCAAGUACCAACACUCCUCAGUGUAAUUGACAAAGAGAAGAAUCAAGUGGAUCUGAAGUUUGUCGGCAGAAAUAAGAGCCUGCCCUCUGUAUGCAUACAGUAUGAGCAGAAUGGGAGAUGUCAGAGCUGGAACAGGCAGACCAUCCCUCUGUAUUCAGUAACCCCCUGCACGUGUUUCCAGGUAUGGGAUGAGGAUACCCAAAUGUCUCGUCGUUCUCUGAGUUGCCCUUUCAGUAACACAAGUAAAAAGUCUGGAGAUUUAUUCCACAGGAAUAUGUGGAACAAUGUUUCAGUGUCUGUAGGUCAGGGUCAGAUGAACAACCACCAUCCAAUGCUAUCAUGGAACGUGUCUGCCCCCUGCAGGCUGGAGGGGGAAGUGUGGCCAUGUCACAGAGAGAUCAACUGUAAGGAGGUAAAGGGCUUCAGACAACAGCUGGCAAAUGGAGAAUGGAGACAAAACAGCAAGGGACUGUGGAAGAAAAUUGGGUUUUUUCAAGACAUCAAUCUUCAGCGCUCACCAUGUGUGAUGGUGAAAGUGAGGGGAAUGGGACAUGACCUGGGUCCAUUCUGUUUUAAUAACACUGACAGGUGGCGCUGGAGUCUUCUAGUUGUUGGGUUUAUGCUGCUAGUUUGCUUGACCACCAUGAUAUCCUAUUUCCUUCGGAGCUUUGUAAAGAAAUGCGUCGGGAGCUUGCAUCGUGCUGGAUUUGUCAAAGUUGGCAGACUGUGUCAUGUGGUGUUGCUGAGCCCCCCAGAUGCAGAUGCUGGUGUGUCUGAAUCAGUGUGUCAGCUAGGGUCCCUGCUCUCCAACUAUGGCUUUAGUGUGUCGGUGGACCAGUGGAGCAGGAAGGAGCAGUGCACCCUGGGACCUCUGCCAUGGCUGCACUCCCAGCUACUGGAACUGAAGAGCCAGGGCGGCCGAGUCGUGCUCGUCUUAACACGGAGAGCUUUGGAGAGAGCAGAGGAAUGGACCCAGUGGUACAAAGGAGAUAUUAAGACAAAGGGGGAAGAAAAUGGUCUUCCCAAGAUAUGGUCUCCUUACUCGGAUGUGUUCACGGCUUCUCUCUGCCUCAUCCAGGCAGACAAAGAGCAGGGCAGAGCAGGAGAGCGUUUUCUUCUGGUUAAAUUUGACUCCCAUCCAAGCAGUGACAGGAGUCUACCAGAGCUCUUUCAGGGUCUACCCUUGUUCCAUCUUCCUUCAAAGACCAAGACUCUCCUGUCUGAGCUCACUGUUGGGGGCGCAAGGAAGGUAUCAUGUAGAUGGACGUAGCCAUGGUGGAGAGCAAAGACUAAAGAGGGACCACACCAGCAUGAGAUAUCUCACUGUGAAUAUUUUGGAAUUAGGAAAAACUUGAAAGAGGCAAAAUAAAUGUCAUGCUGGACAUAUUAUUGCUCUAAUCACAUGAAGGAGACUUUCAUCGUAUUUCUGGUUGACCACAUAUGACCACACCAAUAAGACUGCAUUGCAUCAAUCAUUGGUGUUGUUAUAGCUAAGAAAUGGUGAAAAAAAACUAGAACCACAGGAACUUCAGCUCCAACAUGAUUAUUGUUUGAAGAAGUUAAAAAAAUGAGUUUAAAAAACCAAGGGAUUCAUUGAGAGAAUAAGGUUUAUUCAUGCAUUAUCACCUGAAUGGAUGAACUUAUGUGUUUUCAUUACCUAUAAAGGGCUCAUUAUUUUGACAGAAGAAGCAAGCCUUGGAGCCUGCCUUUUGCACAGUUUCUACAAUAACCCAGGAGGAACACACCAAACACUGUUUACAGAGAAGGCUUUUCUUUGUAACAUUUUCUGCUACUGUUGUUCUUCAUACUUUGCACUUUUUGUAAAAUUUCUGGGCAAUGUAGUUUGUAGCUAUCACAACCUCAAAUAAUAGCAUGUACAGUAACAGUUGGGACUGUUUUGGAGCCAUGAAGAUGACAUGUUAGUGCACCACGGGCAGCAGAAUGUUGUUUGUAAGAAUGACUCAAAAUAAACUACAGUGAAUUUACUUA